AUGGGUAGUGAAGAGAGAGCAAGUCAUGAGCUACUCCAAGCACAAGCCCACAUUUGGAACCACAUUUUCAGCUUCAUAAAUUCUAUGUCCCUCAAAUGUGCAGUUCAAUUAGAUAUCCCAGAUGUCAUCCAAAAACAUGGCCAACCCAUGACUCUUUCCGAGCUUGUCUCCACCCUACCGAUUUCCCCAAAAAAAGCUCAUUUCAUCCAACGCCUCAUGCGAAUCUUAGUACACUUCGGCUUCUUUGCCAGAGAAAGUCUGAGUGGCGGCGGCGAACAAGGUUAUUCACUAACAGACGCCUCCGCACUCCUCCUGAAAGACAAUCCCAUGAGCGCAAGGCCCUUCUUACUUGCCAUGCUCAAUCCCAUCUUAACCGAUCCAUGGCAGUCUUUGACCACUUGGUUCCAAAAUGACAAUCCUACACCGUUUCACAUGGUGCAUGGGAUGACAUUUUGGGAUUAUGGGAAACAGGACCCGACUCUUGCACAUUUUUUCAAUGACGCCAUGGCUAGCGAUGCCCGGUUGAUCUCGAGCUUGAUGAUUGAUGACUACAAGGGGGUGUUUCAAGGAGUGGAUUCAUUGGUUGACGUGGCCGGUGGGACGGGAACCGUGGGCAAGUCCGUUGUUGAAGCCUUCCCUCAUAUGAAAUGUACUGUACUUGAUCUCCCUCAUAUAGUUGCUGACCUAAAAGGGAGUAAGAGCUUGGAAUAUGUCGCAGAGGAUAUGUUUGAGGCUGUUCCUGCGGGCGACGCUAUUUUUUUGAAGUGGACAUUGCAUGACUGGACUGAUGAAGAAUGCGUGAGAAUACUUGAGCGAUCUGCGAACGCUCUUUCAGGAGAGGAUGCUGGUAGCCUCACCCGCGACAACUCCCAGAGCAUCGAGCCUUACGGAGAAAGCAGCAGCCUCGGUGUCUCGGCCCACACCCAAGCAUCAGGCUACGGCCAGCAUUCCUUGCCGCCGACAAACAGCUGGGGGCAGUCAUAG